AUGCCGCCCGCAAUUCGAAUUCGUCCGUACAAGGAUUUCCUGACGCCAGCCUUGCACAAAAGGUUCGCGCUGGCCACCACCAUGCUGUUCGCGCUUUGCUAUAUCGAGGCCGUCCUAAUUGGAGAAAAAAACUCAUAUUUCUGGACCUGGUUUCCGUUUGGGAGAGCCGGCAUCCGAAGUGGUCUUCUAUUCGUACCUUCCUUCUCCAUCUUCAUUCUACGAGUCGGCCAGCUUCAUGUUGGGAUACGUACAUCAUAUUCAGCAUUCAAUACCUUUGUGAGGUAUAUCACGAGGGCUCGGUCUCAGGUCCUGCAGACCGUGGGGUGGUACGUGUUUUCGGCAUGGCUCUUCAGCGAGAUCUAUAUUUGGUCGGCAUCUAUGGACAAAGAUCUAUCCAGGGCCAAAACAAUACAAAGAACAGAUCGUCAGGCUUUGAACGAGAAGCCGAUUUACCUCACCUUUUCCCUCAUGUUUCUUGGAUUUGUUCAAGCUGGUUUCCACCUCUGGUACGACUAUGACCGAAUCGAUAUGCCUGCUACGAAGACCAACCACGUGGAGAUGAAUGGAGAGCAGCAAAAGAUCAUUGUCCCGGAGGCUGCUCGGUUGAGGGCCAAGCUUCCGUCAAUCACUGCCACCGCUGUUAAGCGUUCUUUCGCUCUGACACUUCUGUCUCCAAUCGUCUAUUCCUUAGAUCUCGGCUUCCUACCUUCCUUUCGAAGAAUUGGUUGGCAGUUUGGGCGAACCAUCGUCCGGACUUAUUACAACCUGCCCAGAUCGAGCUCGCUUCCAACCACUCGGCCUUUCCAUCUAAGCUUGUUGAAGAACACCUUCACAUCGGGCUUUCUCCUUGUCAUGCUCUGGGAAGUCGGUAAUGCUGCCUUUUCCAUUUACGUAGCGCAAGAACCACUCAAACACGAUAGACCUAUCACAUACGAGUCUCGUGACCCCAACGGCAGCUUGCUGACUGGCUUGAAGGGCAAGAAGUUGCAAACUAGAGCAUUUGCAUUCUGGGAACUUGUUUACAUAGCACAUCGUUUCGAGGGCCGCCGAAAGGCAAUAUAUGAAGAUAUUGACCGAGCAGGUGGAUCUACAUGGUCGCAAAUACUCGAUGCCUGCCUUGGAGUUAUCAAUGGAAUCGAGAUACGCAUCGCUAACUACGAACGACCUUCAAGCGACGCUCCACCUGAUCCUUGCAUAACCCCAGAGCCUCUUACUCCAGGCCUACCCCGACUUUCUCAGCCACCAAGAGAUGGCCUGAAAGAGCCGGGUGAUCUUUUCACCAGAUCAAGGGGCUCGUCGGCUGCUGGGAAAAUCAAGGAUUAUGCGAGAAGUCAAGGACAAUCACCGCCUGGCUCUGCCAGUGCAAAGGCCAAGAAGGCGUUAGCAAUCGCGGAGAAAGUCUUGAUACCAAAAGAGGAGGGGCCCGGUCGGGCAAGUUUCAGUGGAAUGUUCAAGGAGUUGGCGCUCAGAAUCUUGAAGACUCAAGUAGGCGUACCCUUCCGACAGGAGUACAGAAGGAAGAUCUCAGCUGUGGUACUGGGCGAACCCUUCGGUGACAUUGGAAUCAUUGUCGAUGCCAUCGACGCUGUAACCCGAUUUUCAGUGUGCAGUCUGAAGGAGGACAAAUUCGGCAAUGUUCAGCGAGACGUUAGCCUUAUCAUCAGAACUCUCACAUCUACGGUAACGAGAUUGGAGGCUUUCAAGGCGAAUUUGGGCUUCCAUUGGACGGACAUUGAAAAGAAGCGAGAGAGCCCAGAGGUGGAUAUUGUUCUGGCUGCGUUGAAGACCGGCCUGAACGAGUUGGUAAUUGCGUUUGGAGAUUACAGCAGUGAUCUGGGACUGAGCCAGAACGAAUUGAGGAUGGCAAUACAGGCGGCGACUCCUGCUCCUGAGAAGCCUGAGAUGGUGACGAUAUGA